AUGAGGCGCAUAGAGGUCAAAGAUAGUAGUGGUGAAGUGGUAUUGAAGCACAGAUUAACUGGUCAUCAGAAACCAGUGUUGACUGUUUCUUGGAGCCCUGAUGAUAAUCAGCUCCUUACUUGUGGAUUGGAGGAGGCCGUUAGACAAUGGGAUGUUAAUUCUGGCGAAUGUCUCCAUAUUUAUGAAAGAAGACCUGGUAUUGGUCUGGUAUCCUGUGGAUGGUUUCCAGAUGGUAAGGGUGUAGUCUCUGGGAUGACCGACAAAGGCAUCUGCCUGUGGGAUAUAGAUGGAAGAGAGCUGGAAUGCUGGAAAGGGCAGCGGACGAUCAAAAUGUCAGACAUGGCUAUAACUGAUGAUGGGAAAAGGAUCAUAAGCAUUUGCGGAGAAACUGCAAUAUUGUUGCUUGACAGGGAAGCAAAAUUUGAGAGACUAAUUGAAGAGGAGGAAAUGAUUACUUCUUUUUCAUUAUCAAAGGACAACAAGUUCUUAUUGGUUAAUCUCAUAAACCAAGAAAUCCAUCUUUGGAGCAUAGAAGGCGAUGUAAGGAUCGUCUCCAAGUAUAAAGGUCACAGACGUACUCGUUUUGUCAUCAGAUCUUGUUUUGGUGGAUUUGAGCAAGCAUUUAUUACCAGCAGGAGCGAGGAUUCACAGUGUAAGAGUAUGAUACUGUAA